AUGUGCGUCCUCUCCACCCCAGGAUGCCGCUUACCGGGGACAAUACACCUGUUCCGCAAAUCACAGAGAUCGUUGGUUGGAAAGUUAACACAUGAAUUUAGGUUGGUUGCAGCAGAUAGGAGGUCCUGGAAGAUCUUGCUGUUUGGUGCUAUAAAUUUAAUAUGUAUUGGAUUCCUGCUAAUGUGGUGCAGCUCUACGAACAGCAUAGCUUUAACUGCUUACACAUAUUUGACAAUUUUUGACCUUUUCAGUUUGAUAACAUGUCUAAUAAGCUACUGGGUAAUGAUGAAGAAACCCAGCCCAGUCUAUUCAUUUGGGUUUGAAAGGUUUGAAGUUCUAGCCGUAUUUGCAUCUACAGUUCUGGCACAGCUUGGUGCUCUUUUUAUACUGAAGGAAAGUGCGGAGCGGUUUCUGGAACAACCUGAGAUACACACAGGGCGACUGCUGGUUGGUACUUUUGUGGCUCUCUUUUUCAACUUAUUUACAAUGCUUUCCAUAAGGAAUAAGCCUUUUGCUUAUGUCUCUGAAGCUGCCAGCACAAGUUGGCUUCAGGAGCAUGUUGCAGAUCUUAGUAGGAGUAUUUGUGGAAUCAUCCCAGGAUUGAGUAGCAUCUUUCUGCCAAGAAUGAACCCUUUUGUCUUGAUUGAUAUUGCUGGAGCUCUAGCUCUUUGCAUUACAUAUAUGCUCAUUGAAAUCAACAAUUAUUUCGCUGUAGACACAGCCUCUGCUAUAGCAAUUGCUUUGAUGACAUUUGGUACCAUGUAUCCCAUGAGUGUCUACAGUGGAAAAGUACUGCUCCAGACAACCCCACCUCAUGUGAUUGGCCAGUUAGAUAAACUUCUUAGAGAGGUUUCGACUUUGGAUGGUGUCUUGGAAGUUCGAAAUGAGCAUUUCUGGACAUUAGGUUUUGGCACUUUGGCUGGAUCAGUACACGUCCGAAUUCGGAGGGAUGCAAAUGAACAGAUGGUACUUGCCCAUGUCACUAACAGAUUGUACACAUUGGUCUCUACCUUGACUGUUCAGAUUUUCAAAGAUGACUGGAUCAGACCUACCUUAUCAUCUGUGCCUAUUGCAAACAACAUUCUGAACCUUUCGGAUCAUCAUAUUAUUCCAAUGCCAUCUUUGAAAGCUGCUGAUAGUUUGAACCCUGUUACAUCCACUCCAGCUAAGCCCAGCAGCCCACCGCCAGAAUUUUCUUUCAAUACACCAGGCAAAAACGUGAAUCCAGUCAUCCUUUUGAACACUCAGACGAGGCCCUACGGAUUGGGAUUUAAUCACGGAUCCGUACCCUACAGCAGUGUGCUCAGUCAAGGAUCGGGAGUACCGGGAACGGGAGCAACUCAAGGAUUCAGAACUGGUUUUACAAAUGUCCCAAGCAGAUACGGAACAAAUGCUCGUGGGCAACCCCGACCAUAAUAAACACCGUUAUUUAUUGUACUUAAGGGUAUUGACUUAAUUCUUUUAUUACCCAAUUUUUAUGAACAUUUGGAAUGUCAGAUCAUUCUGAAUGCCUGGGAACAAGUGCAUUGUUCAUACUCAUGAAAUGGUUAAACUGCAGGAUUUUUCUUUGCAUCAGCAGUAGCCUGUCUGUAAUGCCACAAAUAUUUUCCAGACUUACGAUACUUCACAGGUAGUUUUUAUAGUGUCUAUUUCUAUUCAGCUUUUUAUUCACUUUUCUUUAUUUCCCAAGAAUGUAUUGAGAUAUAGCACAACUCUGUGAGAGUAAAAUUGUGACCAGGUAGUAUUUUGUUUCUAAUGAGAAGUGUUUACUGAACGGUGAAUAGCCGAGAGAAUAGGAAAUUGCAGAAAUACAAGUCCCUGUUUUUAGAGAUGUUUCAUUUGCGGUAUUAAGCCAUCUUUUGGCAAAGUCACAAUUAGUUUUUGGUUGCAAAAAUCCAUCAGUAUUCAUACUGUGGCCAUUGUAAAGACAAUCUGGCAUUUCAGAUUCUAAUUAAUUUUGUGAGACAAUGUUUUUACAUUUUUAUUGAUACUUUUAUAGAAAUUCAAAUGGUUCAGCAACCAUUUCCCAGUUGUAAGUAUUCCGUAUUCAUCUCUGAUAUUUCUUCCUUUUCGGUUUAACUGCAAAAUUGUUUAGCAAUAUAAGGGGAAAUAAAAUAUUUCAAACU